CUGCCGGAAAGUCUGUGGCUGUGCAAAUGAACUUUGUAUCUGUGCGCAUUACAAGGUGCUUCUUUAGCAGUACGAAGGUUGUGUAAACAUUAAAUUGUGCAACACUCUUAUGCCCAAAAGGACUGUCCAAAACCAUUUGUUACAGAGACCGAAGCUUGGGUCGAGUAACGUGAGUGAUACCCUUCGAUCUGCACAAUGAACUUCUUUCUGGAGACACUGAUGGUGCUAUUCCUGUCCAUAUACUACCCCUUGGAAGCUUUUGUAAAACUGUUCCUCCCAGCUAGGAGGAAAAAUGUGGUUGGGGAGAUAGUGUUAAUCACAGGUGCUGGAAGUGGCAUUGGGAGGUUAAUGGCCUUGGAGUUUUCCACUUUGGGCGUCACAUUAGUAUUGUGGGACAUCAGCGAGGAGGGCAACAAAGAGACUGCUCGUCUAGCCAAGGAAAAGGGUGCCACUGAAGUUCACACAUACAUAUGUGACUGCAGCAAGAAAACCGAAGUCUACAGAAUUGCUGAUCAGGUCAAAAGAGAGCUUGGUGAUGUUAGUAUACUCAUAAACAAUGCUGGGAUUGUUACUGGCAAGAAAUUCAUCAAUGCACCUGACAGCCUUGUAGAAAAAACAAUGGAAGUGAAUGCAAUGGCUCACUUCUGGACUUACAAAGCAUUCCUUCCAGCAAUGAUGGCAAGCAACCAUGGGCAUCUUGUCAGCAUUGCCAGUUCUGCUGGACUCAUUGGAGUUAAUGGCCUUGCAGACUACUGUGCCAGCAAAUUUGCUGCUGUUGGCUUCGCUGAGUCCAUAGCCCUGGAAAUGCUAGCCACAGGGAUGGAUGGGAUUAAAACAACUAUUGUGUGCCCAUUUUUUAUCAACACUGGAAUGUUUGAUGGCUGCAAUACUAAGUGGCCCCGUAUGAUUCCCAUGUUAGACCCAAACUACGUUGCCGAAAAGAUUGUGGAUGCCAUCCUGACGAACCAAGUGCACCUUCUGCUUCCCAGGAGCAUGUACUUUAUCUCAGGAUUAAAGAACAUUUUGCCAACCAAGCUUGGAGUGGUUCUGGGAGAUUAUCUUGGUGCAUUUCACUUGAUGGAUGACUUUAAAGGACGCACAAAAAAGGAUUAAGUUUGUGAAUCUGUUGAAGGAUAUUUCUAUGGAUGCUACUAUUGAUCUUGUCUGGUACAUCGAUUUGAUUAUUUAAAUUUUUUUUAUAUAUAUAUCUGUAUUUUAAAUUUGUCACUCUUUGAAUUUGAAUGUUGGAAAUUUCCUAAAUCUAUUAACUGGUCUGAUCAAUUGUAAUUGUGUAAUAAUGUCAGAUUUUAAAAAUGAAGGAUUUUUGUUUCCCAAUUUUAACUCUUUUUUUGAUAAGAGGACUUGGUAUAUGCCUGUAUAAGGUUUAUAAAGGUUCUCUGCACUGGUAGAGUUCGAGUAAUUAAAAUAGUUCACUUUAGUUGCCUUAGUAAGUUUGAAGUUCCCAGAAGGGAAAUCUCGCACCAACCAAAUAAUGAUGCAAAGAGUUUACAAACCAUAAAUAUAUUUCAAACCUGUGCCCUUUUGCCUCAUUCCGAAAUGCAUAAAGCACUCAAAUGAAUGUGUACGCACCCAUGUUAUAGCCUAGAUAUGAUGCCUUUUUAUUUUAACAGGGCACUGUUGAAAAGCUGUUCAUUCAUGGGAACAUUGUUUAAAGAGAACAUAAUAUGAAAUUAUUUUAAAUGUUUGAUCAGUUAAAACAAGGUUUUGUCCCUUUUAGAGCAUUGAAUGCAUGGGGGAAUUGAAAGAUGCAAAACUUCUACAUUUAAUUGUUUUAACACGCUAUCAGUUUUACCGUGGUCCAUAAAUUCUUUAUCUGAUGAAGAAUGCCUGCUGCUAAAUGUGCCCUCGAUACUCACGCAUUCAUCAGUGAAAGCCUGCAGUACUCUAGUCACCGCACAGAGCUUCAUUUCAAGGUGAUGAGGGCCUUACUUUUGCUCUCAUGUUAUACCUUAUUUCAUGUUAAUCAUUUCAUUCGUUUAUAUAUAUAUAUAUAUAUAUAUAUAUAUAUAUAUAUAUAUAUAUAUAUGCAUCCCCGUUAAACGCUGUUUAUAGAUAAAUGUGACCAGUAGGUCGGUACUUCAAAGUAUCCCAUUUCCGUAUACCGCACGCAUGCACUACUAUAUACCCUAUAUAUAGCUGGAAAAUAUCACAACAGCAGCAUUUCCUGUUCAGUUAUUGUAUUGAAAUACUGAAACGUAUAUAUAGAGCGUAACUUGCAAGACGAGGUAAUCUUUUCUAUGCAACAGAAACAUGUGAACUAACCUCAUGUUACAUAGACAUACCGACUGGAAAUUGUACCUGGCAAUGAAUGAAGUUUUGAUUUGUUUGUAAACUGAAAUUUGAAGGAACAAACUUAUCAUUUUUAUUGCUGUUAGGUAUAGUUGUUAUACUCAUUGUAGACUCACUUUUAUAUAAUCAUUGAUAAGCAGAUCUGCCCGGCAUGAAGUUGUGUUAAAAAAGAAUCUGCACAAUAGCAUUGCAUUUAACCAUUGUACUGUAUCUUACCAUAAAUGUCAUUCUUUUUAUUUUGCUCAAAAUUAAAAUUUACCCUAAAAUCA